CAAAGCCUCUGGCUUUGCCUUGAUUUCCAAGGUAGAUAGAUUUCUACGAUGGGUGCCCUUAGCGGUUGCUUUCAAGCACACAAUCCAGGUGAUGAUCAAAGUGUCGACGACGGCGACGACGUUGUCAAUCAUGGAAGAUGCUGCGACCUAUUCAAAAAGUUUGCAGAGUUAUUCAGGGGAGAACGGUUGCAGAUGCAGGUCGUCCCGCCAGAGAGUCCUGCAAUAGCGGACCUGUUGAGAGACAAUGCAGCAGUCAAUAAUACAACUAAUUCACCAACUACUUUGCGAAUUGAAACCAACAAUUUACAACAGGUUGCAGUGGGGGUAGGCGACGAGGACGACGGUAAACAGCCUACAGAUGGAGAUGAUAGUGAUCGAGAAUAUUUCGACGAGGAAGAUCUUAAUCAGCUUCAUUCUGAUGAGGAAUUAGAACAAAACCUCUUGAAGCUUUCACCGGAUAAAGCGGAAAUCAAGUAUGUUGAUUUAUCAUUCGAAGAUGAAGAUUUGUGUGCAAUAUGUCUUGAAGAGUUCAGCCCUGAAAAUCCAGUAACAGUUCUGCAAUGUACACAUUGUUACCAUCUUGGCUGCACAUAUGAGUGGAUGGAAAGAAGCCCAAAUUGUCCAAUUUGUGAACAGGUGAUGCUUUUUGAUGAAACCAUUUUGAAGUAGCUGAAACAUCGAAAACAGAAGACUAACACAGCAUUUUGCAAAGGAGAAGAUAUCAUGUGCAUAUAUAUUUCUCAAAAUUUCUCUAUUUCUUUU